AUGUCUCUUUUUGGUACUUCUGCCACUCCUGCUUCGGGGACCAGCCUCUUUGGUGCUGUUAACAGCAAUCCAGGCGCUACCACAAAUCCACCUGCUGGAGGGAGCAUUUUUGGGGGCUUCGGAGCUCAGAGCACGAAUAAUAACGCGAACCCGCAGCAAUCUACACCAUCUUUAUUCGGAAGCUCAACCAACACCAAUAGCGUCGCCCAACAGCCAUCGGGAAACCCAUUAUUUGGUGGUUCCAAUACAAACACAGGAACUGGAUCAAGUAUCUUUGGGAACAAUGCUGCGGGGAAUAGUUUGUUUGGGAAGCCAGCUACAACGACCAAUACUGGAUCCAGCAUAUUUGGUGGUCAAACUAAUGCCCCCGCUGCAACUGGUGGAAAUUCUCUGUUUGGGCCUGGUACUGCCCAACCUGCCCAACCCGCUGGCUCCAGCGGGAGUAGCUUCUUUGCUACACCGCCUGGAGGUCAACAGCAACAAAACCCAAAUCAACCGAAACCUGGGCUGUUUGGCAACACUAACACUAACACUAACCCUCUGUUUGGCGGUGCCUCCACUACAAAUACCAAUACGAGUGGCUCGAUAUUUGGAAGUGGUUCCACCUCCAAUCCCCUCUUCGGAGGAUCUUCGACAGGACAACAAUCCGGGACUGGAACGGGAUCUCUAUUUGGGAGCGCAAAUGCUGCUCCCGUAAAUGCUACCUCAGGUAGCAUGUUAGGCGGAAACAGUACAUUAGGUGUAAGUACCCUAGGCGCCAGUGCUCUAGGCAAACCGUUGGGUGGGUUGGUCUCAAGUACCGUGGGUUCGCAUAAUCAAAGUGCGGAUGCUCAGGUUCAAUUUGCUCGAUUGCAAGAGAAGAUCGAAGGAAUUGUCGGAGCUUGGGAUGCGCGCAAUCCUGCGACCUGCAGAUUCCAGCAUUACUUUUACAACAUAGUCGAGCCAUCGCAAGUCAAUCUUUAUGGACGCCCUCCAAACGCCGUCAAUGAAGCUCUUUGGCAGAAAGCUGUUCGUGAAAAUCCUGAUCCUUCCUGUUUAGUACCUGUUCUCGCAAUCGGAUUCGACGAUCUCCGAGGACGAGUCGAUGCCCAAGUUUCACAAUCUGCCGCUCAUAAGGAGAAACUCCUCGAGCUUCAACAAAAGCUACGCACACUAUCGACAAAUCAUUCAACAUUAACUGUACCCAGAUUGCAGCGCUAUUCUGCUCUCCAAACACAAAUGACGCACCGUCUGCUAAGGCUAGUCCAACAUCUACACCUGCUGAUUCCCAGUGUACGGAGUUCUGCAAUCAACGAAAAUGAAGAAGCGCUGAGGGGCGUGCUCGAAGAGGUUGUUGCGGACGUUGGUGUUGGGGCAUCUAACGCAGGCUUACGCUCAAAUGGUGAGGGGUUUGGGAAAGGUCGGCUAAAGAGCAAGUUGGGGGAACUGUGGGCUGUUGUCGGAGCGCUCAAGGCCAGAGAACAAAGCUUAAAUGCGACUUUUGGAGGAAGUAGUGAAUGGAGGGUUGUUGACGAAGAAGGACUGGCUAGAAUUGCGCAGAUACUUGCGGAACAGCAAGCUGGUCUAGCACAUCUCACAAAAAUACUACACAAGGAUCUCAAAGACCUUGCCAUCAUUAUGGGUACCGCGGAGGGUGCUGGAGAAGAUAUCGGUCCUGAUGAUGUGCUUGGAUCGUCUUUUGGCAGUCGUGACAACUCCAUGCAAAGUAGUACUUUGCGAAUGAGCGCCUUUCGAUGA